AUGGGCAAAGUACCUCUACUGUGUUAUUUUCUUUUGAUUGCUCUGUUGUUUGUGAACGUAUCCAAAGCCGAUGCCGAUGAAGAAAUAGGGGUGUAUGAGCUGAAGAAGGGGGAUUUCUCUGUCAAAAUUACCAACUAUGGUGCUACUGUUCUCUCUGUCAUACUCCCAGAUAGGAAUGGAAAAUUAGAUGAUGUUGUUCUUGGGUAUGAGUCAAUUGAGGGGUACAAGAAUGAUUCAACCUACUUUGGAGGCCUAAUUGGACGAGUUGCUAACAGAAUUGGAGGGGCUCAUUUUACUCUAAAUGGUAUUAUAUAUAUGCUACCAGCUAAUAAUGGGAAGAACACCCUCCAUGGUGGUACCAAAGGAUUCAGUGAUGUUAUAUGGACCGUGAAGAGCUAUAAAAAGGAUAGUCAUAUAACCUUCACCUACAACAGCUUUGAUGGUGAACAAGGGUUUCCUGGUGACCUUUCUGUCACGGUCACAUACAUGUUCAUAGGAACAAACAAAUUGGCCAUAAAAAUGGUAGCCAAGCCUCUAACCAAGGCCACACCAGUGAACCUAGCUUCACACACUUACUGGAACCUUGCUGGCCACAACAGUGGUGAUAUCCUCUCCCACAACAUUCAAAUAUUCGGAUCCCACAUCACGCCAGUCAACGAUGAACUCAUCCCCACCGGAGAAAUCUUUCCCAUUCAUGGGACACCCUACGAUUUCCUCCAACCCCGUUCGAUUGGAAGCAAAUUGAAUGAUCUUCCAGAUGGGUAUGAUAUUAACUAUGUCCUCGACAGCACGAGCAGCGUGCAUUUCAAGAAGGUGGCCGUGGUGCACGAGAGCAAAUCGGGGCGGAAAAUGGAGCUGUGGACUAAUCAGAUUGGUGUGCAAUUCUAUACAAGCAACAUGUUGGAUAAUGUUGAGGGAAAAGGAGGGUAUGUUUACUCAAAAUAUGGUGCAUUGUGCUUGGAGACACAAGGUUUUCCAGACUCUGUAAAUCACCCGAAUUUUCCGUCACAGAUUGUUAAUCCAGGGGAGAUUUAUGAGAACGUUAUGGUCUAUAGGUUCACAGCUCAUUAG